AUGCCCACGUACUGCUGUGCACCAUGGUGUACGCUAAAGGGUAACAGAAGCGACAACGGAAAGAAGGUGUCCUUUCACUGCAUCCCCGAAGAUCCUCAACUUCGCAAGGCGUGGCUGAUUGCGAUCAAGAGACGACCUCCGUUCAACAUCAGAACAGCCCGUGUAUGCUCAAACCACUUUAAAGACAAUGACUUUUUAGUGAACAUUGCUAGUGGACGUAGAUUACUGCGCGAUGGAGCAGUACCAUCAGUCUUUCCAUUCAAGAAGCAGUGCAAGGCCAGAAAGCCGCCGAGGACACGGUCUGUCCCGGGGAAUGAAUCUUCACUUCGCACCAUUUUUCCUGAAAACUGUCCGGCACCAGAGGACAGAGAAAAUGAAAACCCUGUGCAAGACGACAACAUGGAAUCAGUCAGUUAUGCUGCAUCUGAACCCACAGAUGACAGUGCAGAGUCGGAAAAGGACAGGAAGAUCCAUCAACUUUGUGAGGAGUUGAGAGCCGCGAGAGACAAAAUUGUGACCCUGGAAAGAAGGGCUGACCUGCUCACAGAGAAGUGCAGACAGCUGGAGCGUGCGUCAGCUGAAUUUUCUUUGAACAAGUACAAGGACAACAAUGAUGACUUCCAAUUUUACACCGGCUUGCCCUCUUACUACAUCUUCAAGCAGCUACUUGAUUAUUUACAGCCUCACUCCACAAGUGCAAAUGACGAAAUGUCAAACGACUCAAGCCGAGAAAUGGGCCGCCCUGCAGUGCUCACAACGGAGAACCAACUCUUCUUGGUUCUUGUCUACCUUAGGCUUGGCCUUUUCCAGAAAGAUGUUGGACAUAGAUUCAACAUUCAUCAAAGCACUGUUAGUAGGAUAGUAAAUGAGUGGAUAAACAUUUCAUAUCUUCGGUUGUGA